AUGAAAGUACUGGAUUCUAACCAGUACGGAGCUGUCCCAAAGUCCUCCACCACUAUCGCCUUGCUCAGCAUGAUCCAUGAGUGGAUCACAGGAACUGACGGCAACGGAUCUACUGUUAGAACGAUCCUUUUUUAUUAUAGAAAGGCUUUCGAUCUGAUAGAUCAUGCCAUUCUAAUCAAUAAAUUAAGUAAACUAGAUCUUCCUAUUAGUGUAGUCAACUGGAUUAUUGAUUUUCUAAGUAACCGGUUCCAAAGAAUCAAACUGCCUGAGGAAUGCCUCUCUGAGUGGACCUCAGUUCCAUCAGGAGUCCCUAAGGGGACGAAAUCGGGGCCUUGGUUGUUUGUGGUUAUGAUAAACGACCUGGUAAUCGAUGGCGGGCGUGUCUGGAAAUAUGUAGACAACACUAAUGCAUCUGAAGUUGUCGGAAAGGGCGCGGUUAGUAGUGCCCAAAUUAUUGCUGAUAAGGUAGUCGAGUGGUCUCUGGCUAACAGUCCAGCUCAAUAA